AUGAAGCGUACGACAUGCUCAGAAACUUUUGAUGUUACAUUGAUGAUCUGUCUGAUUAGAAAUCUGACAAAUAUAACUGUAGUCGAUACUUGUCCUCAUCUGAUUGACACAAGUGCGGGAGCUGAUUUAUCAAGGAUUAAAUACUUCAGAAAUAGGAUAACUCACAGUGACAGUGGAACAAUAACAGAUGCUGACUUCAUCACCUAUUGGCAUGACAUCACACAAGCGUUAAUUCGUCUUGGCGGAAGCACUUAUCAAGAAAAAUGCAAUGACUUAAGAUCGAGCAAGUUGGACAAAAGUGACAAAGAGAUAAUCACAGAAUUAAGAAAUAUUGUAUUGUCUAGUGAUCCUAUUCCCAAAGGAGUUCGCAGUAUCCACAUUGUAAAGAUUGCCGAGUGGAAAGUUAUCGAGGAAAAAGUAGUAGAAACAUCAGCAAUGAAAAACAUUGAACAAGAGCUUCAAACACAUGAUGUGGUCACAGUAGUCGGACCUGAUGGCUGUGGAAAGUCUACUUCUGUACACUAUGUUGCUUUGCUUUUAGAAAACAAAUUUGGUUAUAACAUCGUACCUUUAAAUUCACCUGCAGAUAUUUUGCGUUACUAUAAUCCGGACUGCAUGCAGGUAUUUGUGGUAGAUGAUGCAUGUGGAAAGUACUCAGUUGAUUUACAGAUGGUGCGGGAAUGGGACUUAGCGAGUAGUGACAUAAAGGCAGUUUUGAGUAAUAAAACUAUAAAAUUAUUGGUAACUUGUAGAUCGCACAUUUUUCUCAGUCGUCAUUUUCAAAUUAUAAAAUUACUGUCGGACUCAAAAUAUGAUCUGAAUUCUACAACGAACCGUCUAAAGUACAAUGAAAAGGAACUAAUAGCUAAGGCAUAUCUAACCGACGUUGAAAUCGAACAGAUAUCUGAACAUAUAAUGUUGUAUGAUUUCUUUCCGAUGCUUUGUCAGAUUUAUAGCGCAUACAAAACAGUUGAUAUUAAGACAUUUUUUUCAUUCCCGGUUCAGGUAAUCCAGGAUGAUUUGACACGUAUGAUGAACGCAGUAGACCGUACAACAUAUGCUGUUUUAGUGUUAUUUGUCAUUUACAAUAAUGAUUUGCAUCAAGAACUAUUAAGCCGAAGUUCAGAUAUCAAAUCUAUAUUAGAUGACAUUGUCGAUGUGUGUGAGCUACAGUUUAAUCUGUCAAAACAAAUUCUAAAAUCCCAUUUGGACACUUUGGAAGGAUCUUAUAUUAGGAAAACAGGAAAUGCAUACCACGUUGUUAGUGAUAAAAUAUUUGAUAUAGUUGUAGUCUUUUAUGGUAAUCACAUGUUUGAUUACAUUUUGGAAAUGGCUCAUUCUGAAAUAAUUCGGGAUCGAUAUCACUUUAGCUCCUUAGAAGAUGAUGACGUUGAAUGUGUUAUAAAAGUACAACUGGACAAAGAGCAGCCGUAUUUUGAUCGUGUAAUUAGUGACAUUAGAAACGGCUUUCUUUGUAAUGUUUUUAACAAUAGGCAAUUGCUUUAUACAGCAUAUCGCCAAAAGUUUGUCCAAUAUUUAGAAUCCCAAACUGACAUCAGCAAGCUUCUGGAAAUGUCGAGCCAGUCCGAGCUGUCUCCUCUAUUAACUAUUGCUGAUCAAGGAUAUCAUGACAUUGGUGAAACACUGAUAAGUUUUAAACUUGAUGUUGAUGUUCGAGAUAAAAACGGGAGAACUCCACUAUUCCUAUCCUCGAGAAAAGGGUAUAAAGAAAUGACUCUCUUGUUGCUGAAAAACAAUUGUAACCCUAACCUCUGUACUAACGACAGACUUUCUCCUCUGUAUGCAGCAACAAGUCAAGGCCAUAUCGAGGUUGUCAAAAUUUUAUUGCAACAUGGUAGUGUACCCGAUUUGUGUGACAAAAGAGGCAGAUCUCCACUUUUGCUUGCCGCAAGCGAUGGGAGUACCAAAAUUGUAGAAGCCUUGUUGGAAUGUAGUAGUAAUCCAAAUUUGUCAGAUCAAGAAGGCACAACUCCUUUACUUAUAGCAAUACAUUGGGGGAACACUGAUACAGUGAAAGUAUUAUUAGAAAAGAAAUGUUGUCCUAAUUUGUGCAAAGAAGGCGUAAGUCCGCCUCUCAAUGUCGCUGUUGCAAAUGGGCAGAUAGAAAUAGUGAAAUUACUGUUGGAGCAUAAGUGCGAUCCAAAUUCCUUAGACAAACAGGAUUUACCAACUUUAUAUGUUGCUGCACGAAAAUCUUUCAUUGAAAUUUUAGACAUACUGCUUCAGAACUUAGAUGUAAAUGACAAAACUCGUGUCGAGUCACUACUUACUUCAAUCACAAGGUCAGAAGAACACGUUUUGAAGUUACUACUCGAGCAUAAAUGCAUUCCUUCGAAACAAGAAAAACUUCCAAUUCUUGGAUGCGCUGUGCAACUUGAUAAGAGGGAUAUAGCAGAAAUACUUUUACAAAAUGACUUUCAUUCGACAAUAUGUAAGACUGGACAAAUCACAUCGAAUAAUGUACCAGACUGGUUGCACAGAAAAUUUAAGAAAUUGGUAUCUCAGCAAGAAUAUAUAAUGAAUCGCAUAGCUAACACUGACACCUUAUCUGCAGUCCCAUAUUCGAGUGAUUGCUACUCAGCAUCAGUUGACGUUUUCAUAGGAAAUACAUUUAAUCCUUAUUCGAGAGAGGUAAAUAGCUUUCCAAUGCAUGAUGCAGCAUACAGGAACAGAAUUGAGAUAAUGAAACUGUUUCUGAAGUAUAAUUGCAACAUGGACUUUGGUAACCAGACCAAUGAGACGCCAAUAUAUGUAGCUGCUCGAUUUGACAAUGCAGAAUUAGCUGAAAUUUUCCUGGAGCGGAGAUUUAAUCCUGAUCUUUGUAAUGAAGGAAAGGAAUCGCCUGUGUAUGCAGCUGCGCAUAAUGGACAUUUACUGACUGCAAAAGUAUUGUUAGAAUACAAGUGCGAUGUCAAUCUUUGUAAUUAUCUCAACCAAUCGCCACUUUACAUAGCCUCAGCGAAUGGUCAUACAGCAAUGGUGAAGUUACUUUUGAGUCAUUGCUGUAAAGUAGAUAUAAAUAACUACUUCAAUCAAACCGCUUUGUAUAUUGCAUGUCAUUAUGGACAUGACGCAAUCGUUCAACUGUUGUUGGAGCACAAAUGCAAUCCUCAUUUGAUCAACAAAGAUAAUCAGACGCCUAUAUAUAUUGCAUCGAGGUAUGGCCAUACAGGAAUUGCUAGAAAACUUAUGAAUGAAAAGUGUGAUCUAAACAUCUGCAAUAAAAACAAAUGGUCGCCACUUUGGGCUGCUUCGUCUUAUGGUCAUAUACAGAUUGUGAGGUUAUUGUUAGAAAAUAGUAGUAAUCCUGAUCUAUGUGACAAGGAUGGCGAAUCGCCACUUUAUACGGCUGCAUCCAAUGGCCAUGCUGAUACCGUGAAAUUAUUAUUACAGUACAAGAGCAAACCUGGACUUUGUAACAAGGAUGGUGUAUGCCCAAAGGAUGUGGCUGCUUUGAAUGGUUAUACAAAUAUUACUAAAAUAUUAUCAGAACAUAAGAUAACGUAACAACAAGUAUCAUGUAAUUGGUGUGAUUCCAAACUUUUGAUCACAAUUUUUGCGAAGUCGAUGUGAUGUGAACUUGUUUAAGUUUAAAGUUAAUGAAGUGUAAGUUUGCAAAUAAAACCCAUACUAUGGCAAGCCGUUCUCGUCAAAACUAUGUUUAAACCAUUUUUUCGAAAAAAAUCACACUGAGAUUUAAGAACCUAAAAUAACACACUGAGAAUUCGAAAUUACACACUGAGAUUUUAAAAUUACACACUGAGAUUUUAAAAUUACACACUGAGAUUUAAAAAAUACACACUGAGAUUAAUAUGCAAAUUACUAAUGAAUAUUCAUGUAAUGAAUAAUUCAACAGAUUAAUAUCUUAGUCUCCCGAACUCUUGUCAUUAUAAUGAAAUGCGGUUCCUACAACCAACAUUCGUAAUAAAUUUCAAGACUUAACAACUAUUUUUGUUAACUCAUAUUCAUAAGUUUGUUGCCUAUAAUUCAGAUUAUUACUAACAGUAAAACGGGAUUUUUUGCUUAAAACUAUUUAAGCAUGGUCCCUUUUCAAAAGUCUUUCAACUGUUACCCUGAUUUCGCAAGGUAAUCUUUUAUAUUUUUGUACGUAUAUAUGCUAUAAUAGGCACUUGGGAAAAAAAUUCACUGCAUUGUUUGUAUUUUUGCAGAUUGUUCCAAUGUUUUCUUAUAAUUUUAAUAAAGUUUUUCACCAUUUGGUUAUAUUUUGUAAUGAGAGUAAGUGGGUAUUGUUCUUGUUCUAUUCGUCUUUAAUAACGUAGUUUUUCUAUACGUUGUACUUUUAAUGUUUUUUAUAAACCAUUUAGCGCCAAAUUGAAGGACUAACGAGUUGUGUCCCCUAGUUGUUUUAAGCUUGUAAUAGAUUCAGAUUAAGUAUGCUAAUUAGAUAUGUGCGCAUAAAAAGUGCGCACAAAUCUCAGUGUGUAAUUUUAAAUUCUCAUUGUGUAAUUUCAAAUUCUCAGUGUGUGUUUUUCAGUUUAUUUCAUCUCAGUGUGUCUUUUUGAAAUCUCAUUGUGUAAUUUUCAAUUCUCAGUGUGUGUUUUUCAUUUUUUGUAAUCUCAGUGCGUUUUUAUGAAAUCUCAUUGUGUAAUUUUUAAUUCUCAGUGUGUGUUUUUAGGUUUUUUAAUCUCGGUGUGUGUUUUUUUUUUAAUUCUCAGUGUGUAAAUUUUUCGAAAAAAUGGUUUAAACAUAGUUUUGACGAGAACGGCUUGCCAUACCAUACUCUUUGUUUAAGUUGUCCUGAAAUACGAUAAAACAAUAAUAGCAAAUCUACCAGAAAAUGUAAAUAAGACAAGUCACGGUUUGAAGAUAUUAGUUAAGGUUUCUUUUAUAUGUAAUUAUGGUGACCUGAAGAUUUUAACUUUAGUGUGAAUAAAAUGAGAUGUGGGGUACACGUCAAAAAGACAGCAAUCCAACAAUGUAACCAAAAGACAAAUAAAUGGUAACUGCCAGUCUUCAGUAGACGGGUGGUCAUACAUUGUAUUGUCUUUUGGCCGGGUUGGACAAAUUCUUGCUUUUAUGGAAUUGUUUUGGGAAUUUUUCCACGCUUUGGAACGGAGUAAUUUUUCAGCAAAGUUAUCAAAAGAUGGUACCAAUUUGUUAUGUUUUCAAUCCACAUCUUGGAACUUCACACAAUGUUUGUUAACUUAUAAAGGUUAUGCACCUUAUGCAAUGGAGCUGUAUAAUAUUUUUUUCUUAUUUUUAAAUACAUUUUUAUAUUUCCAUGAUAAAUGUUUAUAAUUAU